AUGAUCGUCCUCUAUGAAUUUUUCCACGAGGCGCCUUGUAACGCCUCAUUCGCAUUAGUGCCGGUUCCCUCAGCUAUCAAUACAAUCAACAGAUGGAACAACCACGGCAUCCAGAACAUGGAUGGAAAAGGUCAAUCACUUCUAGUUAGAUCUCUUCGACAGCCACUCCCACUUGCCUCUUCACCAUCUCAGAGAAGAUGUGCAUGUCAUCACAGGCGUCCUCCAUUCCGAAAUGCCAACAUGGUGAAGAAUCGUACUUCACUCGCUCCCUUCAGCCCUUCAGCCUUAUCAAUGCGCUGGGAAGGCUUCACUCGUUAUCCGUCGGUGUACAAGGUUUCUAAGCAAAGGAAAACCGUGCUGUUGUACAAGAAGGGAAAAUCACUUGACAUUGGCCGCCUGUUUAACUAA